CAGUUGUGCAGUAUGGGGUUGAAGGAGGAGCCGGUGGUUCGGUUCGCGUUCGAGGCGUUGGCCUGGGGGACGUAUAUCGAUACGUGGGACGCGAUGUGGGAGGUCGUUCGGCGUGUCGAUCGGCCGAAUUUUGGUGUUUGUCUGGAUACGUUCAAUAUCGCGGGCAGGGUUUGGGCGGAUCCGGCGAGCGGGGACGGAAGGACCCCCGAUGCGGAUAUGGCUUUGGCGGAGUCGUUGGAACGUCUGGUCCGGACAGUCGAUGUGAAGAAGGUGUUCUAUGUCCAGGUCGUUGAUGCGGAGAAGAUGGAGCAGCCGCUUCUGCCCGGUCACCCGUUUCAUGUCGAUGGGCAGCCUCCGCGCAUGAGCUGGAGCCGCAAUGCCAGGACGUUCCUGUAUGAGACGGAUCGAGGCGCGUAUAUGCCCGUGGUGGAAGUUGCGCGGGUGAUCUUGAAGGGGCUGAAAUACGAGGGAUGGGUGUCGAUGGAGCUGUUCUCCAGGACAAUGGCGGAUCCCGAUCCGACGGUGCCGCGCUCGCAUUCCCAGCGGGCGAUCAGGGCGUGGGAGCAGCUGGCGAAGGAGCUGGAUCUGUAG